GCUGCUGCCCUGGUGAGAGUCCAGAGCAGGAUGAGGGGGUUCCUGGCCUUCCCGAAAUCCCGGUACCCAGAACAAGCCCACGCAGAGUCCACUUGCCCCUCAAGCCUUCAGAGGCCAAGCUGGCUCCUACUGGACCGCGAUCCCUGACCACUGUGCGCUGUGGGCCUUUCUGGAAGACACUGUGCUCCCCCACUCCCUGUGCUGAAGCCAGACACCUGCAGCAGUCCUGCCCCCAACCCCAGCUACCCAAGCCUGAGGCUGGCGUGCUCCUCAGCUGCCUGGCCCCCUCCAGCCCCAAGGGCUGAGGUCACCCUUCAUCUGAGUUAAGUCUCUCAAAACUCUGGGUGCCCUGGAGGGUUUCCUCCGCCAGCCCAGGACCCUCAGCCAUGGUGCUCCCACCGCAGGCCAGCAGAAAGACCAAGAAGAAGGAAGGGGGUGCCCUCCGGGCCCAGAGAGCCUCAUCCAAUGUCUUCUCCAACUUUGAGCAGACUCAGAUCCAGGAGUUCAAGGAGGCAUUCACACUCAUGGAUCAGAACCGAGAUGGCUUCAUUGACAAGGAGGACCUGAAGGACACCUACGCCUCCCUGGGCAAGACCAACGUCAAGGACGACGAGCUGGAUGCCAUGCUCAAAGAGGCCUCAGGACCCAUCAACUUCACCAUGUUUCUGAACCUGUUUGGGGAGAAGCUGAGCGGUACCGAUGCCGAGGAGACCAUUCUAAACGCCUUCAAGAUGCUGGACCCGGAUGGGAAAGGGAAAAUCAACAAGGAGUACAUCAAGCGUCUGCUGAUGUCCCAGGCUGACAAGAUGACUGCGGAUGAGGUGGACCAGAUGUUCCAGUUCGCCUCCAUCGACGCAGCGGGCAACCUGGACUACAAGGCGCUCAGCUACGUGAUCACCCACGGGGAGGAGAAGGAGGAGUGA